ACUUUUGAAUAUAUGGCUACAUAUGCUAUGACUCAUAAGCAUGCACUUGCAUCACGUACUUACGACAUGUGCAUCACGAAACUCACGACAACCAGCAAGGAUGACCUGAGGACAUUAACAGGGUCCCUGGUGCAAGGUGACAGCCGGCUGGUUCCAGCGAACGCUCCCGCUGCACCCGGCAUGUCUGUCUCCAAAUGCAUGCAGCACCUGCCGGGCACGCUGUGGCGCUGGCGAUUCUCGCUGCUGUUCGCCGCUCUGCUCAGUCUGGUGGCGUUAGGCUACCUGCAGACCUCCUCGGACCUGGUGCGCCUCGCGCGCCGGCCCUCCUGGCUCGACCCCGCCCGUCACCGCUCCGAGGGGGUCGAGCUGCCUCGCACCCCAGAAGUGUGGGAUGAGCGACCCGCCCACGCACCGCUGGUGCCAGCGCGCCGUGUGGUGCACCUGGACCUGAAGGGCGCACCACCGACCGCGGCGUACCUGACCCGUCUGCUGCCGCUGAUUCGGCGGCUCGGCGGCACGGGUCUGCUCCUCGAGUGGGAGGACAUGUUCCCGUUCUCAGGAGCGCUGCGUCCGGCGGCGGCGCGUAACCACUACAGCCGCGCCGAGGUGCGCCGCAUCCUGGCCGAGGCGCGCCGCCAGGGCCUGCAGGUGAUCCCGCUCGUGCAGACAUUCGGCCACUUGGAGCUGUUCCUCAAGCUGGAGCCGUUCGCGCACCUGCGCGAGACGCCCGCCCAGCCGGCCGCCCUCUGCCCGUCGCGCAACGAGUCUUUCCGCCUGGUGCAGAAGAUCGUCGACCAAGUGAUGGAGAUGCAUCGGGGCACGCCGUUCCUGCACAUCGGCUGCGACGAGGUCUACCACAUGGGCGUCUGCGAGCUCUGCCGCACGCAGAUGCGCGACGACCUGUACCUGGAGCACGUCACGCGCGUGGCGCGCUACGUGCGCGAGCGGUACAACGCGCGGCCGCUCAUCUGGGACGACAUGAUGCGUCAUAUCCCGGGCGAUGUGCUCCGCCGCUCUGGCAUCGCCGAACUAGUUGAGCCGAUGGUCUGGGUGUACGCCGAGGACGUGUACCGCUUCGUCGGGCCGAACGUGUACGACGCGUUCGCGGAGGUGUUUCCGCACGUGUGGGGCGCGAGCGCGUACAAGGGCGCGUUCGGCGAGACGCUGACCGUGCCGCCCAUCACCCGUCACCUGGACAACACGCUCAACUGGCUGGACGUCAUGCGCCGCGAGGGCCCCAAGUUCUCCGAGGGCUUCCGCGGCCUGGUGCUGACCGGCUGGCAGCGCUACGACCACAUGGCCGUGCUGUGCGAGCUGCUGCCGGCGGCCAUACCGUCGCUGGCCGUCAGCCUGGUGGCCGCCUCGCACGGCUUUUUCAACAGCUCGCUGCAGGACCUGCUGUACAACACACUCGGCUGCCCCAGCGCGCCGCACGAGCUGCUGUCCAGCUUGGCCACCGACCCGCAAGGCUCGUACGCCUUCUCCGCGUGCGACUUCCCUGGCAGCGAGUUCUUCAAGUUCACGGGCCAGCUGGAGUCGGCCGUGGCGCAGGCCGAAGAGUUCUUUGCCACUGCCACUCAGCGCAAGGGGUGGUUGACCGAGUACAAUAUCAACCGCAACUACACCAACCCAUUCCGCGUGGACGAGGUGCUCGAGAUGUUCUACAGCGUGCAGUACACGAUGAAGUCGGCCGUAAGCUCCGCGCGUGACGCGCUGCAGGACGUGGUGGACCGUUAUACGGUGGCCGAGUGGGUGGAGCAGCACGUGCUGCCGUGGCUGCGCCGGCUGGAGACGCUGCGCGCGCAGGGCGAGGCGCUGAAGCGGCGCGCCGUCUGGCCUCGUCGGCCGCUGCCCAUGCUGCAGGCGCUGGCCCAGUACGGGCUGAACGUGAGCGAGGCGGCCGCUCCCCGGCGGCCUGGCGCCCCUCGGAACUGGGCGCAGCGGCGCCGGGACCGGGCCGAGCGGCUGCCGUAG